AGUGAUUGCAUGGACGAUUGCUUCUUUAGGCAUUGCGGUAGAAAUUCAGUGCCGCUUGGUGAUUCGUGCCGUGAUUCGCCUUUAAUACUUCAGUGACAGUGAUUCGGUUUUGAGCGAUCGAGUUUACGAAUCAAAUCACGAUGUCGGACAACGCUGUUUCCGGAAAGGACGGGGGAGAUGGAGGAAAUGAGUAUAUCAAGCUGAAGGUGGUGGGACAAGACUCAAACGAAAUCCAUUUUCGCGUCAAAAUGACAACACAAAUGGGAAAACUGAAGAAGUCUUACAGUGAGAGAGUGGGAGUGCCGGUGACAUCUUUGCGUUUCCUCUUCGACGGCCGUCGUAUCAAUGACGACGAAUCUCCGAAGCAGCUAGACAUGGAGAACGACGACGUCAUAGAGGUGUAUCAAGAGCAAACUGGUGGAUGCUGA